UAUCUUCUGUCCGAGCAGGAUCGAGGGAGUGCGCCCUCAGCCGAGGGAAACAUCAGGACAUCCCAGAGAAAACCAGAACACCUGAGGGCUGCCAAUCUCUGACAAGUUUCCACAGGUGUUCAAGCUCCUGUAGCAGCUUAUUUAAAGAGCAGCUGUUUAGACUCCCAGAGGAGAGUGAGGGUAGUGUUUACGACCAACAGGUAGUAAUUUCAGGAUCUCACUGAGCGAGCAGUUUGGACGGCGGGAAGUUGGACCCCAAAGCAGGUAAGCUGCUCAACAGGUGUCAGGCCAUCACCCUCUCUGCACAUAUACAACCAGCUUCAAAUCCUUCACGUCUGUAAAGAUUCCAGCUCUGCACAGUUUCACGCUCUUUUUCAUUAGCUUCAAUGUAGAAACAGGACUGAGAGUCUACGACCACGCUAGCAGCUCUGCGAGGUCGACAAUGCUAACAUGCUGUGAUGCGUAGCAGAUCAGAUCCAAAAUGAACCGAGUCAAACUGCAGUUCUCCGUCUUCAUCACCAUGUUGGCCUUGCUGAGCUCCGGCCGGGCCUUACCCAGGACGGACCCUCCCAUCCGUCCCGGUCACCCCUUCCUCUUCAUGUGGAACGCCCCGACCGAGCUGUGCGACAUCCGCUUUGCCAUGCCCCUCGACCUCUCCUACUUCCACUUUGUCAGCAGCACGCUGAAAACGGCGACCAACCAGAGCAUCUCCAUAUUCUACACCGACCGCUUCGGCAUCUUCCCUUACGUGGACGAAGACACGGGGGAGAUGUACGACGAGGGUCUGCCACAGCUGAUAGACCUGCAGGAGCACCACGAGCUGGCCGAGGACGACAUCGAGUACUAUAUCCCCGGUGACCAGCCAGGCCUCGCUGUGCUCGACUUUGAGGAGUGGAGGCCGCAGUGGGUCCGAAACUGGGGCAGCAAAGACAUCUACCGUCAGAUCUCCAUCGAAACGGUCAAGAAGAAAAAUACGACAUUGUCCGACAACGAGGCGGAGGACCGGGCAAAGAUUGUGUUUGAACGCGCCGCCAUGAGGUACUUCCUCCGCUCCAUCCGCAUCGGGAAGAGGCUGAGGCCCAACAGACUCUGGGGCUACUACUUGUACCCCGACUGCUACAACUACGACUACAACCAAGACAUGGCGGGCUUCACUGGAGAGUGCCCUGCCAUCGAGAAGGACAGGAACGACGAGCUGCUGUGGCUCUGGAGAGACUCCACGGCGCUCUUUCCCUCCAUCUACCUGGAGCUGACGCUCAGGGACUCCCAGCAGGCCCGGCUGUUCGUUCGCCAUCGAAUCCAGGAGGCCAUUAGGGUGUCAUCACUCCCCAACAGCUCCUACUCCAUCCCUGUCUACGCUUACAUCCGCCCAGUGUAUAAGGACAGCAUCGACGACUACAUGUCAGAGUUUGAUCUGGUCAACACCAUCGGAGAAGCCGCUGCUCUUGGCGCCGCUGGCGUCGUUUCCUGGGGCGACAUGAACGUCACAGAUACUGAGGACUCCUGCUUUGACGCUCGACGUCACCUGGAGCAGGUCAUGAACCCGUACAUCGUGAACGUCUCCACGGCCACGCAUCUCUGCAGCCAGGCGCUCUGCCAGGGCCGAGGUCGCUGUGUGAGAAAGCGCUGGGACGAUGACGUCUUCCUGCACCUCGACCCGCAUCGGUACCGGAUCCAGAGGCAGCGGCGCGGUGGCCCGCUCACCGUGAGCGGCGGCCUUUCACAGGACGACAUCAACUGGUUCGACCGCAGCUUUGACUGCAUGUGCUAUAGCGAGGAGCCGUGCAGGUCGCCGCUGACCAUCAACGUCAUCCAAGAGGCCGUCUUCACCAGGAGGAGUCGAGGUGCUGACAGGCCCCGCCCCCUCCCGCUGGUCAUGACACUACUCUGUCUGACGUAUGUCUGGAUCAAUAUCUAACCAGCACAAACCUGAUACAUGUGACGCAGGAUGUAAAAGGACAAUUACACGGUUAUUUCAGCUUCUUUGUGUCUCGUAUUUCUGACUGUGUUUUAAUUAUUUUGAAUUCAAUAUUUUAAAUUCAGUUACAUUCAUGGCUGGAUGAACCUGUUAGAGGAGGUCUGUAGUUAUUAUCAUUAAAUAGUAACUUAUCUCAUCGUAUGAACCUUGAUGUCAGGUGGUUUCACCAGAGAAGGAAGCCUGGUAUUAAGUUUUAUCAUCGUUAUAAUAACAAUAACAACAACAAUAAUAAUAUUAUUAUUAUGCCACCAGGAGAUUGACAUGUUUGGGUCAGAUUGAAAUGUGUUUUAAGUGAUUGGAUUAGUUGCCAUGAAAUUCUGUUCAGACAUUCGCGUCGCCCUCAGGAAGAACUGUAAUAACUUUUCAUCUGGUGCCAUCGUCAGGUCUAAAUGUUGCUGCGUCAGAAUCAAAGCGACUGAACGAAUCCAGAAGUUUUAAUGUCAGGACAUAAAGUAAGGGCUUAUUUACUGGAUAACAAUUUAACAAAAUAGUUGAACUUACAGAGUUAAGAAAUAUGGAUGUAGUUAAGGGUUGUAUCACGUCUCAGGAAGUGCAUGUGGUUACACUAAAAUGUCGCCUCUGGAUAUUUUUCUUCCCUGCCAUCAAACAAGUGAGAGAUGGCCGAAAGCCAGAGAAUAAACAUUUGGUUCUAGUUUAUUUGAAGCAGUACUGUGAUGUCUUUUUGUCCCUGAAGGGAAGAAAAGCCUGGACAAAAAACAAAACAAAACCACCUAUAAAUCUAAGAUGAAUUUUACCUUCCAUGAGAUUCCAAUUUGAAUUGUUGUUGUAAAGCAUAAUUAAUCUUGCUGCCCGUGAGGGCUGUUGGAUUUUAUCUUCAGCUCAUCUCUCGUUCUAGAUUCCUUUACAUCACACAUUUGGUCGCUAGUGGGCGCACUGAAGGAAGACAGUGUGUGUGUGUGUGUGUGUGUGUGUGUGUGUGUGUGUGUGUACCUGUUCUCCUGCUGCAGUAGGUAGACACCAUCAGCACGGUGGAGACGCAGUACACACAGACGACCACUAGAUGGCAGAGAGAGAGAGGGACAGUGGUGGAGAGGGAGGAGGACCUGCGGAAGAAACCAGGAAUCCAGUGUUUUCAUUAUGAAAUUUCCUCUUUGUGUUAUUAUUCCUCCACAGGAAACACUGACUACACAUACAUAUAUACACACACACACACACACACACACACACACACACACACACACAGGGAACUUGGUAUUGUAGAUUCUGUCACUUUGGACAAUCCCUGACUUGUGUAACUGUUUAGGAUGUUUCAGAGAGGAUCUGCUGCCAUGACUGAGUUUAUCAUGUUAUUCUUUUACAUUCCUCGUAUUAUGAGGAAAUAUUUAUUUUAGAAGGUCAACAGUUCCUGAAAGUUGAUUGUCUUUGAGGUAAAUGAA